UCCUCGCUCCCGGCGCUGGCGGGGCUGGAUCGCGGCGGCAGCGGGAUGGGGCCUCGGGGGGACAGGGCGGUGCUGGGCAGCCCCGCCGUGGCCGUGGCCUUCCCGGGAGCUGUGUGCCGGGGCAGCGGCUACCGCUUCGCGUGCGAGCUCCUGAAGCACGUCCUGCACCAGCGGAACCAGCUCCCGCUGCCCUACGAGCAGCUGGCCUACUUCUGCCGGCGGGCGGCCCAGGGUGGAGAUGGAAUUGAGAAACCACGUUCCCUGGGCUUGGCAAGCAGAAAGUGCCAGCAGUUGCUGACGGAGCUGGAGGGAUUAUUCCAGCACCUGGAAGUCAUGUUUAGUCUGACGCUGGUUCCUCGAGUUCUUUUCCUACUUGGAGGCAACGUCAUGAACCCCAAGGAGCUCUAUGAGCUGAAUUUGGAGGGGUUCUGUGAGGGCUCUGCUGAAGAGAGCCUCCAGACCGCGCCCUGCGUUCGCCAGCUCUUUCACCGCCUGUUUGUUGCUGAUGUCUUCAGUGAACUUAAGGCUCUCCCUGUGACAGGCACUCUUGUCCUGGUCCAGGGCCACCGUGACUGUGGUGUUGAGUGGUUCCGGCCCAGGCUCAACUACCAAGUGCCGAGCCGAGGGAGGAAGCUGACUGUUAAGCUGUCCUGUGAUGGAGACCUCCACGUCAGUGCCUUACCUCCACAGCACACAGCACCUGCUUGGGAGGACUAUGUCUGGUUCCAAGCCCCAGUGACCCUCAAAGGCUUUAGUGAAUGAAUGGUUUUCCAUAGAAAUUUAACUGGAAUAUUGAUUACUUUUUUAUUCUUUAGGUGUUAAUUUUAGCAAAUGUAACCAUGUAUUUUUGAACCAUGUGUGCCUGAUUUUUUUUUUUCAUGGUGUCUACUCUGCCUUCCUGUAUCUUGCUGCA